ACUGGGGUCUUUUGAGCUUCCGUGAUGCGCCUGAAGCGACCGGGAAGUGCGUCGGUGUCUCGCUAAAUUAUUCGCUCUCGGCAAGUCACAUGUUCGCCUCGCAACAGCCGGAAAGGAAGAGGGGGCGCGGCUGGAGACGCGUUCUCUCUCCGUGGUGCUGAUGGGGCGAUGCCUUCUGCGCAGCCGUUACUGCGCAUGUUGCAUGACAGGUGCUCGCGCGCGAACCAUCCAGCGAGCCUCCAUCUUGGGCUUCCUUGAGCAGCAGAAAUCUAUCCACCCCCACAAAACAACAACAACAACAACAACAGCGGCAACGGAGCCAUCAUGCCGCUUGGGCUUGAUGAUGUGACUCUCCUUUAGAGACGACAGCUCGCCGAAGAAGGACGCGUUAAAGUCCCCCCAGGGGAAGGAGGAUGGAAAGGAGCGGCAACGGCUGGUCGGGAAGGCGCCGUUAACGACGAUUAGUCCCAGCUAGCUUUGACCGGUCGGUCCGGAGGGGAGUUUUUCGACAAACGUCUGACAGGCUCCAUUUGACACGCAUGAUGGGUGUCAAGAAGAAGCUGGUGUUCUUCCUCCUGGUCCUGUGCGUUUGCCUCCAAGGAGCAUCUGCCAAAGAGAAGGGAACAAAGAAGGGCAAGAAGAAAGGGAAGCAGGUUUACUGCCCGUCGCAACUAUCAUCCGAGGAUCUGGCUCGCGUGCCUGCCAAUUCCACCAGUAACAUCUUGAACAGGUUACUGAUCAGCUACGAUCCCAGAAUACGGCCCAACUUCAAAGGAAUACCCGUGGAAGAUCGGGUGAACAUUUUCAUCAACAGUUUCGGCUCCAUCCAAGAGACAACCAUGGACUACCGAGUCAACAUCUUCCUACGGCAGCGCUGGAACGACCCACGGCUCAAACUGCCACAGGACUUCAAGUCCGACUCGCUGACCGUGGACCCCAAGAUGUUCAAAUGCCUCUGGAAGCCCGACCUGUUCUUCGCCAACGAGAAGAGCGCCAACUUCCACGACGUCACGCAGGAGAACAUCCUCCUCUUCAUCUUCCGCAACGGUGACGUGCUCAUCAGUAUGAGGUUGUCAGUCACGCUGUCUUGUCCGCUAGACCUGACGUUGUUCCCCAUGGACACACAGAGGUGUAAAAUGCAACUGGAAAGCUUCGGCUACACCACGGACGACCUGCAGUUCAUGUGGCAGACGGGGGACCCCGUGCAGAUGGACGCUAUUGCCUUACCCCAGUUUGACAUCCGACAGGAAGACAUCGACUAUGGCAACUGCACUAAGUUCUACGCAGGGACAGGCUAUUACACGUGCGUGGAGGUCAUCUUCACCCUGCGGCGACAGGUGGGAUUCUACAUGAUGGGCGUCUACGCGCCCACGCUGCUCAUUGUGGUGCUCUCUUGGCUGUCCUUCUGGAUCAACCCCGAUGCCAGCGCCGCCAGAGUGCCCUUGGGCAUCCUGUCGGUGCUGUCGCUGUCGUCCGAGUGCACGUCCCUGGCUUCGGAGCUUCCCAAGGUGUCGUACGUGAAGGCCAUCGACAUCUGGCUGAUCGCCUGCCUGCUGUUCGGCUUCGCCUCGCUGGUGGAGUACGCCGUGGUGCAGGUCAUGCUCAACAGCCCCAAGCGCAUUGAGGCCGAGAAGGCCAAGAUGGCGUCCAAGGAGAAGGUGGCGGGGAAGGGCGCCGCCAAUGUCGCCACAAGGAACAACACCGUCAAUGGCACCGGGGGGACGCCGCUCCAUGUCAGCACCUUGCAUGUGGCGGAGACGCGCUGCAAGAAGGUGUGCACAUCCAAGUCGGACCUGCGCACCAACGACUUCAGCAUCGUGGGCUCACUGCCGCGGGACUUUGAGCUGUCGAACUUUGACUGCUAUGGCAAGCCCAUCGACACGACCAGCAGCGGUGGCAAAUCGCAGGCCAAGAACAACAAGAAGCCGCCACCCCCCAAGCCCGUCAUCCCGUCGGCUGCUAAGCGCGUGGACCUGUACGCCAGGGCCCUCUUCCCCUUCUCCUUUCUCUUCUUCAAUGUCAUCUACUGGUCCUGUUACUUGUGA